AUGGAGAUGGGCGGAGAGUUUAACUAUUCUAGUUCCUGUGAGAUUAUAAUGGUCUUAUGGAAAGAAACCAUCAGCACCGAGGGAAAGAUGCUUUGGGCUCCACUUAUGUUCAGAGUGGUAUCAGAUACUGGGCCCAGCUGGGAUGGGGUGCAGAUCUGCACUGUCCCUGCCCACAUGUUGACAGUUCUACCUGCAAGCGAGCGGCCCGCGGCACCCGUGCGUCUGUCUGUCCUUCCGUCGACGGCCCUGUCAGCAGGAGCGCGACGCCACCCCGCCGUCCAGCCUGCGCAGCAAGCUCCGAGGAGCCUGGAUGCGGAUGGACCAGCGAAGUUAAGUUCUGGGCUCGCUUUUCGUUACCCCGCGCUCGGCUCCGGGUUUCCGUCCGCCCUCGGCGUUAACCUUGGCCUCCAGACCUUGGCUGGCGCUCGGCGCCCCUUUGCACCCCGCGCUGCGCUCUCCCCUUCUGCGUUCUCCGCGGCUGGGGGAGGGGCGGGGGUCACCAUGGCCGAGGCGCCCCAGCUCUCGGGGCAGCCGCGCAAGAGCAGCUCGUCCCGCCGCAACGCCUGGGGCAACCUGUCCUACGCCGACCUCAUCACCAAGGCCAUCGAGAGUUCGGCCGAGAAGCGUCUCACGCUGUCACAGAUCUACGAAUGGAUGGUCAAGAGCGUGCCCUACUUCAAGGAUAAGGGCGACAGCAACAGUUCUGCCGGCUGGAAGAAUUCAAUUCGCCAUAAUCUGUCCCUACACAGCAAAUUCAUUCGUGUGCAGAAUGAAGGAACUGGAAAAAGUUCUUGGUGGAUGCUCAAUCCAGAAGGAGGCAAGAGUGGAAAAUCCCCCAGGAGAAGAGCUGCGUCCAUGGACAACAACAGUAAAUUUGCUAAGAGUCGAGGCCGAGCUGCCAAGAAAAAAGCAUCCCUCCAGUCUGGCCAGGAAGGUGCUGGAGAUAGCCCUGGGUCGCAGUUUUCCAAAUGGCCUGCAAGCCCUGGCUCUCACAGCAACGAUGACUUUGAUAACUGGAGUACAUUUCGCCCUCGAACUAGCUCAAAUGCUAGUACUAUCAGUGGAAGACUUUCCCCCAUUAUGACAGAACAAGAUGAUCUGGGAGAUGGGGAUGUGCAUUCUCUAGUAUACCCACCAUCUGCUGCAAAGAUGGCUUCUACUCUGCCCAGCCUGUCUGAAAUAAGCAAUCCUGAAAACAUGGAAAACCUUUUGGAUAAUCUCAACCUUCUCUCAUCCCCAACACCAUUAACUGUUUCAACUCAGUCUUCACCUGGCAGCAUGAUGCAGCAGACAACAUGUUACUCCUUUGCACCGCCAAAUACCAGCCUGAAUUCCCCCAGCCCCAACUACCAAAAAUAUACAUAUGGCCAAUCCAGCAUGAGCCCGCUGCCCCAGAUGCCUAUGCAAACACUUCAGGACAACAAAUCUAGUUAUGGAGGACUGAAUCAGUAUAACUGUGCCCCAGGACUCUUAAAGGAGUUACUUACUUCCGACUCUCCUCCUCAUAAUGACAUUAUGUCACCAGUUGAUCCUGGGGUGGCUCAACCCAGUAGUCGCGUCCUGGGCCAGAAUGUGAUGAUGGGCCCUAAUUCAGUCAUGCCAACGUAUGGCAACCAGGCAUCUCAUAACAAAAUGAUGAAUCCUAACUCUCAUACUCAUCCUGGACAUGCCCAGCAAACAUCUGCUGUUAAUGGGCGUGCUCUGCCCCAUGCAGUGAACACAAUGCCUCAUACCUCAGGUAUGAGCCGCCUGACCCCAGUGAAGACACCGUUACAAGUGCCUCUUUCCCAUCCCAUGCAGAUGAGUGCCCUGGGCUAUUCUUCAGUGAGCAGCUGCAAUGGCUAUGGUAGGAUGGGCAUUCUCCACCAGGAGAAGCUCCCAAGUGACUUGGAUGGCAUGUUUAUUGAGCGUUUGGACUGUGACAUGGAGUCCAUCAUUCGGAACGACCUCAUGGAUGGAGAUACCUUGGAUUUUAACUUUGACAAUGUGUUGCCCAACCAAAGCUUCUCACACAGUGUCAAGACGACGACACACAGCUGGGUGUCAGGCUAAGAGUUAGUGAGAAGGCUACAGAGUAAUUCAGAUUGUUUGACAGCAGGAACCGAGAGAAGCAGUCCAAAGAUGUCCUUCAUCUAUCCUUUUGGUUUUCUUGAUUAAAAAAAAAAAAAAUCCUUCCUUUUUUUUCCUUUCGUCAGACUUGGCAGCAGAGAUACUUUUCCUGUACAGGAUGUUUGCCCAAUGUUUGCAGGUUAUGUGCUGCUGUAGAUAAGGACUGUGCCAUUGGAAAUUUCUUUACAAUGAAGUGCCAAACUCACUACACCAUAUACUGCAGAAAAGACUUUUGGAUCCUGGUGUGCUUUCAAGUUUUGUAUAUAUGCCGUAGAUACAGAAUUGUAUUUGUGUGUUUU